CACUCACACACCACCAGCUGUCUACUCAUUAAUAAUUCCCAUUUCUACAGCCUCAUUUUCAUUCCCCCAUCAUACUGGUAAAGUGGUAUUGAUCCCACACAUCAUUUAUGGCUUCCACAAGGCUUUUCAUGAAUUUGUUCAUGAUUUUCUUGAUUCUCCAGCUCCCAGAGUCUCUCUCACAGCAGGGACUUCCCACAUCCACUAUCUCAGCAGCACCAUCAAUGCUCCCAUUUCUUCCUCUGUCAUCUUCACCUCCUACCUCAUCUCCAGAUAUAUCACCACUUUUUCCCUCCAUUGCUCCUACAGAAUCUUCUUCACAGCCCACAAUCCCUUCAAGCCCCAGCCCUCCCCUAGCAGAUGAUGAUGCAGCAGCAGGUCCAGUCCCUCUUCCAAUGGCCCUUUCUCCAGACCCAGCAGUUUCCUCCUCUCUUGCUCUUCAUGCACCAGUCAUUGUUCUGUGUGUGACACUAUAUUGGAUAUUCCAUAACUCUGUCUGGUCUGGUGUGUAUAUAUAUAGAAGUUCAAACAUUAUGUGAGAAGCUUCAGUUUUUUUCCAUCAUUGUUUUUCAGUGCAUUGUUCUUUUAUUAGUUAUAUCUCUCUCUGUUUUUAUUUGCCUUUUUCAGUUUUUUCAUAUGCUUCAGUAAUAUCUAUUCUGCACACUUUGUCAUUGCUUCAAGGGGUUUGUAUUUCACAUUUUAUUCAUUCCGUAUGGCUUUUAGUGAUGAAAUCUCAUUUAUUUCUCAUGCACUCAA